AUGCUAGGAUCUGUGAAGGUGCUCGUAGGCCGUGAUGACACGAGAGCGUACAGAGGCGCGCAAGUCAAGCGCACGACCGUGACUGCCAUCGAGUGCAUUAGUGCAGACGGGAGGUGCUUGUCGCCGAUGAUCAUCUGGCCAGCUGCCACUCAUCGGAGUAAUUGGACCACGUUUCCGACUCCCGGCUGGCACUACGCUUACUCGGAAUCCGGAUAUACCGACUCUCAGAUAAGCUUCGAAUGGCUUCGCCAGGUAUUCGAUCCGCAGACGAGGGAUCGCGCUAACGGUCAGCCUCGUGUAUUGAUCUGCGAUGGCUUCGGUACGCACGAAACCCUCAAAAUCCUGGAGUUUUGCUUUGCGCACAAUAUCAUCCUCUGUCGCCUGCCGUCCCACACGUCCCACAAAUUACAGCCUUGCGACGUCGCCGUUUUCGCUCCACUCAAAGCCGCUUACCGCGAC